CGUCAAGAAGCUAUGGAAUACUGUUUUACGUGCUUUGGAAACACCUGCAAAAAAAUACCUUGUUUGAUCAUUCUCUCUCGCAAUUUAAAGCUACGCACAAAUUAAAUAUGGACCAUACCUUUCCUCCUGCACCUUUCAGCCAACCUGCGCAUGUCAGUCCAACAGGAGAGUCAAUGCACCGGCCAAAUAUCCCUACCCUCAGUUUCCUAUUAUUUUGACUCACGAGCAUGGUGAUGCAGUUCUUGGUUUGGAUGAUAUACGUGCUGUUCAACCAUUUAGUCCAAGAAAUGACAUUCAUCCUACACCAGUUUAUCUCAAUCAACACGCGAUGGAUAGAUAUCUCAAGAGAUAGUGGUCAACAAUUGGAUCUACUUAUUUUGGAUAAUCUUUACAAGAAGGGUUACCACAAUGUUCACAUGUGCUUUCCUCAGACCCUGGAGGCUAUUAAAAGACUCUGUCCUAAGAGGGCUUUGUUAAUUGGGAUGACAGGCGAUUUUGAUCACCACGAGGACAACGUGUUCCUAAUGGAAUGGUCUAAAAGGGAAGGAAUACCAGUUCAGUUGGCAUAUGAUGGGUUGAGGCUUCCAAUAGAACUAUAGAAGGAGUAUAAGAAAGCCCAUUCUCUUUUACUUCUUUCUCCUCUUGAUAAGGCUAUCAAGCAUGAGGUGGUAGCUGCCAAGCAUCCUCUUGAUAAGGCUAUCAAGCAUGAGGUGGUAGCUGCCAAGAAAAAUGCUAUCUAUUUUAAAAGAGCUGAAGAGGAUUUCUUUAGACAAAAGGCUAAAUCUAAUCACUUAUUCUUAAGUGACCGGGGUACCAAAUACUUUCAUUCCAUUGUUAAAAAGAAUGUGGCUAAAAACGCCAUUACAUCUAUUAAAUUAGAUAAUGGGGAGCCCACCACUUCUUUAAACCAGGUUGCUUCUGAGUUUGUUAGAUUCUAUACCAAUCUCUUUGGUACUUCUUAUCCUAAUGUUGACAUUGACCCGAACAUUAUUCUCUCUGGUACUUGUCUUGAUCUUUCAGAAACUUCUGAGCUUAUUGCCCCUAUUUCUGACACUGAAAUUAAGGAUGCCAUAUUUGAUAUUGGUGAUAAUAAAUCUCCUGGUCCUGAUGGCUAUACUUCUGCUUUCUUUAAGCAUAACUGGAAUAUUGUUGGUCAUGAUGUCAGGUUAGCUCUGAGGGGUUUCUUUAACUCUGGUAAACUCCUUAAACAGCUUAAUCAUACUGUGAUUGCUCUCAUUGCUAAGACCUCUCAUGAUCCUACGACGGCUGAUUUCAGACCCAUUGCAUGUACUAAUGUCAUUUACAAGACCAUUAUUAAGAUCAUUGUUGCCCGUAUGAUCCCUUGCCUUCCUAAGCUUAUUGAUCCCUCCCAAGGGGCUUUUGUUGAUGGGAGACUUAUGCUUGAUAAUGUCUUUUUAGCCCAAGAGCUCCUUAAGGGCUAUUCUAGGAAGCAUAUGUCUCCUAGAUCUUUGAUCAAGGUGGAUCUUAGAAAAGCGUAUGAUACCAUUUUCUGGAGUUUCUUGGAAAAGAUUCUUAUGGCUAUUGGUUUCCCGGAAAGAUUUGUGAAGUGGAUUAUGGAAUGUGUGUCUACUUCUUCCUUCUCUAUUUCCAUUAAUGGGAUCCUCCAUGGGAAUUUCAAAGGAAAGAGGGGGUUGCGUCAAGGGGACCCCAUGUCCCCUCUCCUUUUUGUUAUUUGCCUUGAGUAUUUGUCAAGGCUCCUCCAUAACAGAACUAAUACUACGGCUUUUAAGUUCCACCCUAAGUGUGGCAAACUUAAAAUCACUCAUGUGGCUUAUGCUGACGAUCUUAUGCUCUUUUCUAAAGGGGAUUUCCCCUUUAUUAAAGUUCUUAUUGAUGCCCUGGAUGAGUUUGGUAAUGUUUCUGGGCUUAAACUCAACUUUGAUAAGUCUAGUAUCUUCCUUGGUGAGUUGACUGAUUAUGAGCUUAACUAUAUCCUCCAUAUGAUUGAUUUUAAAGAGGGGUCUUUUCCGGUGAGAUACUUGGGCAUACCUCUCGCCCAUCUUAAGAUUUCUGUUGCCCAAUAUGCUCCCUUGUUGGAUUCCAUUACCAAUUAUAUUACGGCUUGGAACACAAGAACUCUCUCAUAUGCCGGGAGAGUUGAGCUUAUCAAAUCUGUUAUUCAAGGUGUCCAUUCCUUUUGGUUACAAGCUCUCCCUAUUCCUAAGGCGGUACUUGAUAGAAUCACUUAUAUCUGCCGUAUCUUUCUUUGGGGAUGCAAGUGCGCUAGAGUUGCGUGGGCUGAUGUUUGCCUCCCUUUGGAGGAAGGAGGUCUUGGUAUACAUGAUACUCAUAUUUGGAACUCUGCCCUCCUUGCUAAACCCCUUUGGGAUAUCCAUACCAAAAAGGAUAACCUUUGGGUCAGAUGGAUUCAUGGGGUCUAUCUUAAUGGUAGAGGUGUUUGGGAGUUUACACCUCAUAAAAGAGACUCCCAAUUGAUAAAGAAAAUUGUUUUGAUUAGAGAUCAAAUUGUUUCCCAUUUUGAUAACACUCAAGCUGCUAUUGAUUAUCUUGAUACUAUCCAUACUAAUGGCAAACUCUCUUCGGCCAAAGUGUAUAAUCUGCUCAAAAUUAAGGGGGAGACUCAUAUCUGUAUGUCCUUCAUUUGGAAGAAUUAUAUCCCCCCUAAAUUCUCUUUUACGGCUUGGUUAGCCUUCCGGAAUAGAUUGGCCACUUUUGAUAAUUUGCAUAGGCUUGAUGUUGUUAACAUCUGCCCUUUUUGUAAGGGUGGUCCGGAAACGGUACCACGCCUAUUUUUUGCUUGUCCUUUUGCAGGUAAUAUAAUGUUUGGCAUAAAGUAAAGAAUUGGCUGGAGCUCCCUAGGGAAAUGAGGACUUUGCACAGCUCGUUGAAGUGGAUCAAGAAGGAGAGGCAAGGAUCGGGAAUCAAAGCUAAGACGGCUAGGAUUGCUUUUUGCUACUCUAUCUACUGGAUUUGGAGGACCCGUAAUGCUACCUGUUUUGAUGGCCUGACUCCAAGAGAAGAAGAUGUGUUUGCUAGAAUUCAAUAUAUUAUCUACAAGAUUUUGUAUAGCCUCUAUCCUUAUGAGCUUGUAAAGUUAUAAGCUCUUUUUCUUUUUUGACUAUCACCUCGACUUGGGGGUGUAGUCUUGGCUGUUUGUUAGGGAUGUGCCUUGGUCUGUUUGUUUUGCGCUUCUCCUUCUCCUUGUGGGGUUGGUUUUUCGCGUUUGGCAGGUUGUUUUGCUGCUCUUUUUGGGUUAUCCUUGCUUGGAUAACCUACAUUUUUGUUUCCUUUGUGCUUGUGCAUUCUUGAACUUCUUAUUUCUUGGGUGCUUCUUUUAAUAUACUUACAGUUCAC